UUGAAGAACAUAAUUUGUUCUCGGGGUUCAAGCCCAAGUUUGCUUGCGAGACUAAAACAGGAAACAGCGAUCCGGUACCAGACUUCGAGAUCGACUACCAAAACUAGUCGGUUUUGAGGUAAUUUGGUACCUACUUUCUCUCACGUCGUGAUCACUUUGUGUGUGAACUGUAUCGAACGCCAAAGCAGCUCUCAUUCCUAUCAGGUGUUGAAAGUGCCAAAGCACCUCAUAACAGCUUCGACAUUCUUCCAUAUCAAUACAACGACAAAAUUCAACGCCUCACUUACCCAACAAUAACAACUCGAAAAUGGGGUUUCUAGGCUUACGGCGCCCAGGCCAAAAGGACUCCGUUAACGACUAUCAAGGUGUCCUCGUCCCCUUGGCACAAGCGAGUCGACAUCCCACCGUAGCAGCCGAAUACGCACGUCGACGCUCAGCGGAAGGCCGUUCUAGCACGACCGAUACGUCGACGUUUGGAGCGAAUAACAAAAUUGAGGCUGAUGGGACGCUAGUAAAGGAAGAGGGGCGCGGGAGCCAGGAUGGAUUGAGUCCGUAUACGUUGGAGGGAUUGAGGGCAGAGGUUCAUGAGGAUGUUGCUGCUAGUGGGCAUGAUAGUGCUUAUGAUUUGAAGAGUAAGGUGAUCAAUAAAGCUAUUCAGGAUAUUGGGAUGGGGAGAUACAAUUGGGAACUAUUCAUUCUUUGCGGAUUUGGGUGGUUUGCUGAUAACCUCUGGCUUCAAGGUGUGGCGCUAACGCUACCUUCUCUGUCCACUGAGUUUGGUGUUUCGGAAACACAGGUCAGAUACACGACUUGCUCCUUGUUCAUUGGACUUUGUAUAGGAGCCUCGUUCUGGGGAAUUGGUUCUGAUAUCAUGGGCCGACGUCUAGCUUUCAACAUGACGCUCCUCAUCGCUGGAGUCUUUGGUAUUGCUGCUGGGGCAGCUCCCACAUGGAUUGGUGCAUGCGGUCUUUACGCUUCUCUUGGAGUUGGUGUUGGAGGAAACUUGCCAGUCGAUGGAGCCCUGUUCUUGGAAUUCCUCCCGAAUGCUUCUGGUGGUCUUCUCACACUUCUUUCUGUUUGGUGGCCUGUGGGACAAUUGGUUGCUUCUCUCAUUGGUUGGGCAUUCCUGGGCUCCCACUAUGCUCCAGACAAAGGCUGGAGAUACUUCGUCUAUACUAUGGGGACGUUGACUUUCGUCAUGUUCUUGGCACGGUUCUUGUUCUUCCAUCUAUACGAAUCACCAAAAUUCCUGCUUUCUCGCGGUCGACAGUCAGAGGCUGUUGCUGUUGUUCAUGGGAUGGCUUACAAAAACAAGACUACGACUUGGCUCACUGAAGAGAUACUCAAUGAGAUUGGCGGUGAUCCAUCAGCCAAGGAUGUACACAAACUCAGUACCUCAGAAAUCAUCAGACGAAAGUUAUCAUCCUUUUCCACGGAGCGCAUCGGACCUCUCUUCCACACUAGGCAACUAGGAAUGACGACCGUCUUGCUCUGGUUCUGCUGGCUUACCAUUGGCAUGGGGUACCCGCUUUUCAACGCUUUCCUCCCUCAAUAUCUUUCAAAUGGGAAAGGAUCAAAUGGAGAGUCAGUCAGCAACUAUAUAACAUACCGAAACUAUGCCAUUACAUCAGUGGUCGGAGUUCCAGGUUCAAUCUUGGCCUGCUGGACGGUCGACAUCAAAUAUGUUGGACGAAAGGGGACAAUGGCAAUCGCAACUAUGCUCUCUGGAAUCUUCCUUUUCCUCUUCACGCUUUCGGCAAACUCAAACUACCAAGUCGCUUUCUCAUCCGUCGAAACUUUCUUCCAGAAUAUUAUGUAUGGCGUUCUAUACGCCUACACGCCUGAGGUGUUCCCGGCUCCAAAUAGAGGGACGGGAACUGGUAUCUCGAGUUUCUUGAACAGAAUAGCAGGACUCUGUGCCCCGAUCAUCGCAGCUAAUAUCCCGGACGCUAACCCAAAUGCCCCGGUUUUUGUAAGUGGAGGUUUGAUUUUGGCUGCUUUUGUAGCGAUGGUAUUCUUGCCUAUUGAGACAAGGGGGAAGCAGAUGUUGUGA